AUGGAGCUCAUUCAACUGUUCACCUUCUUCACCCUCUUGCUGAUCUCUGCAACGGCUGACCCGUUGAACGACAUCUAUGAUUCUGCUUACAAUACCUCAAUCGAGGAACACAACAUUACACAGAUAGCGACCAGAGAUUCCGACUGCCACUCCUACACUGUGCAGGGUACGGAUUCCUGCAAAAGCAUCGCCGAGGCAAACAAGAUCACCGUCAAGAACAUCGAGGACUACAACGCUAAGGCUUACGACUGGCGUGGCUGUGACAAACUCAAGCAAGGUACCUUUAUCUGUUUGAGCGCCGGUGUACCUCCGAUGCCAGUUGCUCUGCCAAAUGCAGUCUGCGGUCCCCAGGUGCCGGGCACAGCCAGGCCUCACAAUUAUUCGGAUAUGGCCAAGCUCAACCCGUGCCCUAAGGAUCAAUGCUGCGGCCCAUCAGGACAGUGUGGCACGACGGCCGAAUUCUGUGAAGCAGGCAAGGGCUGCAUCUCCAACUGCGACAAGGGCAAGGAAGCUGCCAAAGAGAAACCCAAAAUGAAGACAACCACGCGAGACGACACCACAAAGCCAGCCAAGACCGAAGAAAAGGCAAACGAGACCACAACCACAGAGUCAGAACAUACGAUAGAAGUCACGCUCGUCACCAAAACGACGGAGGUCACAAAAACCACCGAAAUUGCCCCCAUUCCGACCUGGCAGUUCACCAUCUACCAGGACAAGAAGUGUUCGGGCAACUACUACUUGCUCGAGGGCCACACCAAGGACCGGUCAGAGUGUAUUGACCUUCACGGGGAUAUCACCGACAAGCUUUCCGAAAAGGGCUCCUCGUGCCGAUGGUAUACUAAUGGGGGUUCCUCGUGGACUAGAUGUUCUGAGGCUAAGCUUUGGAAGCCCAAGUCGUAUUAUAUCAAUGCUGGGCAGUGCUGGAUCUUCAAGGAUCGGAAGUGCUCGAAGCUGGAGGGCACUGUGUUUCGGCCUUCUCUCAAAUGUCAGCGACCGUGGCUUACGACUUGGUCUCCGAUCAAUUUUGGGUCGAUUGCGUGUGGCAGUAUGCAGUAG